AUUGGUAUAUAUUGCAGACGCAUCUACACCCAUUUCCACAGGUUUUCUUGGAGAGUUUGAAGAAUUUCUAUUCAAGCCAGCAACGAAAGGACUGUUUCAACCAUGGAAACGAAGGCAGCAGUUCUGCUGAUGUUCUUUUGUUCAUCGUGCCUGAUCUAUCAAAGCGAAGCAAAGACUCCGAGAAUCCCAACAAAACAAUUUUACGAAGAUAUGGAAACAAGGCCCAUCCUGACAUACCAGUGCUAUCACAGCGGCAACAGCAUUGAUCCACCGGGCUCCAUCAACUACACCAUUCUCUGGGACGGGACCGAUUCAAGCACCACAAACGCCAUUGGCACGACGUGGUCCGCGGUGGCGGGGACGCCUAACUCCUACACUCGAGGAUCUCUCUCGACACAUUAUGACGCCGCUAGUGGUGUCGGUAAACUUACAACUUCAACUGUUCGGGAAGACUUGACUGUUGUAGAGCCAUUCUUUGGCAAGGCUCUCUAUUUGAAGAUCGUCCUCACCAGUAACAACAAUGAAGAGGUCUCCAAGAUAUAUGAUGUGGACUACAAAUGCAAGAACGCCAAGAAACUACUAGCUAAAGUUUGUCCAGACCCUUGCGCCUGGGAGCUAACCCGAGACGUGUGAAGCGAUAUAAGCUCGA